AUGGCUUUAUAUGGACUUCCUGGAUUCAUUUUGCAGUUCAUCUGCAAACAUUUGAGCUGGAACAUUGACGAGCCAAAUUUGGCAUUCAAGAGGCCCCGUCCGGUGGAUUAUCACAAUGCUAUGAUCUUGUUAGCAAAGUCGAACUAUCGCUUCCAAAUCCAGAUGGGAACCAUUGAACAUCAGGGUGGAGGUAAUCUUCUUGAAGACCUUGUUCUGGCAACGGACGAGGCCCUAGCGAAUAUCAUCUCACAAUUGCCAUCCCAUCUUCUCGAGUUCUCUGGGGGACCUGCCAAAGAUGGAAAACAAUACCCACCCUGGGUACUCUGGCAACAAACCACACUAUCUCUGUCAUUCUUGUUCUAUCGAAUGAAGAUCAACCGAGCCCUACAACAUCGCUGGGCCUCCUCUUCGGAUAUCCUUCUUGCAAGGUCAAAGGCAAUCUGUCUAGACUCGGCCAACACGAUUGUGUCCAUGGUCAAGCAACACAAGGUUGUGUUAGCACGCCAUCGCCCAUGGGCAACAACCUCUGCCCUAUUUUCUGCUGCCUUGACUCUUGCAACAGAGGCAAAACAUCUUGACUCAAAUGCAGCAGAGGAGCAUAUUGACAGAAUACAAACUUGUUUCUCAUUUUUUGAGUAUAUCAAAGAUCACAGCGCUCUUGCAGUGCGAGUACUCGGUGAAUUGAGGGCAUUUUGUACCGAAAUAUGCACUCAGGAUUUCGCGGUAACUCACAAGUGA